AAGGGACUGACUGUAUAUUCAGCGAUACCGAUCUCACGACUUGUAGCAGAUACCACCAGCACCAGCCAUGAGAUAUGCAGUUUUCGUAACAGGCCCGGCCGGAGCAGGCAAAUCCACCUUUUGCUCCGCCCUCAUCUCACACGCCCAGACCAUGAAACGUACCAUUCACUACGUCAACCUAGACCCGGCAGCGACAAAUUUCGAUUAUCAGCCCGCAGUGGAUAUCAAGGACCUGAUCAACCUGGAGGAUGUGAUGGAGGAGCUGGAAUUUGGGCCCAACGGGGGGUUGGUCUAUUGUUUCGAGUACUUGCUGAACAACCUGGACUGGCUGGACGAAGAGCUAGGAUCGUUCGAGGACGACUACCUCUUGAUCGACUGUCCAGGCCAGAUCGAACUAUACACCCACAUCCCCCUCCUCCCCCGCCUGCUCUCCCACCUCCAAUCCGGCAACCUCCAAUUCCGAAUCUCCGCCGUCUACCUGCUCGAAUCCCAAUUUGCCCAGGCCGACAAGGCCAAGUUCUUCGCCGGGGUGAUGAGCGCGAUGAGUUGCAUGUUGUCCCUCGGAUGUGGGAUGUUGUGUCUGAUGAGCAAGAUGGAUCUGAUCAAGGGUCCUGCGGGUGGCACGGGCAAGGGACCACAGGGGAGGAAGAAGAUUGGAAAAGAGAUCGGGAGGUAUUUGGAUACGGACACGACGUUAUUACUGGAGGAUGCGAACAAGCAGACGAAUCCGAGGUUUCACGCGUUGAACCAGGCGAUCGUGAAUCUAAUAGAAGAUCACUCGAUCGUCUCCUUCCUCCCCCUUGACAUCACCAACGAAGAUUCCUUAACAUCAGUCCUGAGUCACAUAGAUCAUACGAUGCAGUAUGGGGAGGACGAGGAGCCAAAGGCGCCAGAGGAUCUGGAUGGAGGCGACUUUGGCGGCGAUGGAGAUGCAGAAUAGAUGGAGCAACGUCGGGGACUCUUGUAUUUGUACACCUCCUUGGGAUACGACGUGCAACUGUAUACGACUGUAUGGAUUACUUGGGAUCACGUGAUUUUAUUUCGGUUCGGGCUUGGCCGAUGAACCUUGUUUCGGGAGAGUUCGCCCAUCAAAAGUCGGUCUUGAUCAA